AUGGAGGAAACAAUCGCUGAGCUACGACGUCAGCUUGAGGAAGAGAGACAGGCGCGAGAAGAAGAAAAGAAAGCGCGAGAAGAAGAGAGGAAAGCGCGAGAAGAGGUAGAACUGCGAGUGCAGCCAAACACACUGUUUCGCCUUCUCGAUCGUUGCCACAACUCUUUAUCUCAAGCGAUCCGAGUCGAGACGGAUGCGACCCUCACGACUCAAGGCGACGCGACCGACCCGGUGAACCGACUUUACCCCAAGCGCAUAGUCCCUUGGGUUGACUUCCCCAAAUUCCAAGAGCAAGUCUGGAGGAAAUUCGACCGCACGCCUGCCUUUACCUCGCGCGCCCUCUUCCCUUCAGAUACCCAAAUAGAUUAUAUUGUUACGAAUAUCCAGAACAGGCCGAUUUAUUCGGAAGCGUCCCUUCGAAAUUUUGAGCGAGACACGGUGGAUAACUUUGUCGAAAUAGUCAUUGAAGCGUUGCGAGAUGAUGAACUGCUUCGACACGAGUUUGGAAUCCAGGGCCGUGUUACCUUCUAUGACCGCGCGAACCUAUCGGAAACUUCGCUAGAGAACAGCUUAGAGCAAAUGAAUCUUUAG